AUGGCCGAUGCUCGCGCGCCCGCAGUGCUGUCUCCAGCAUUGACGCUUCUGGACUACAUGCAUGCCCCUACCGUAGGCUUCUAUUACCUCGGAGCUUGCGCAUUCAGCCUGUGCAUCUUGCAAAAGUCAAAGCCAAUAUCACAUGAGAGGCGGCGGGGUGUAUUAGCGUUGACCGUUGCACUGCUUCUCUCCUAUGUUACUGAAGUUCUCUACUAUUUCAGCCGGUCCAUGGCGGAUUGGCAGUACGAAGCGCCAGAACCUGCGGCAGUCCGCUGCUUAGGCUCCAUACUAGUGUGGAGCCCUCUCAUAUGUUCGUUAUGGACGAGCAAGUCCCUGCGAUGGCAUCCUUACUUUGGCGCAUUCACCCUGCAAUUCGCCCUCGAGACCACGACCUGCCUCAUGAGCGCCUUUUCCAUCCCAGUCGAGGCCCGUUCGAGCAACGUGCCUUUUGUCAUCGAUUGCAUCAGAGCACUUGCGUCUCUUCUCUUGAUGCUCGACGGAUUCGUCAUCUUGAUCACAAAGCACGCGGAGAAGGAGAAGAGCUCAGACGAGGAGCGCCAAUCGCUACUAGGAAAGCAGACGAAUGGAUCAGCAACUCAACCCGACACUAGCACUUAUGGCGCUAUUGCACAGGAAGUUUCCAGCGAUCACGAGGCUGAGCCAACCGACAGCGACAAAGAGAUCAAGGAGCAGCAGGCAAAGCGUCUCGAAGAGGAAGGUGGGUGGCUCGGAUACCUCAAGGGGUUUGCAAUCUUCCUGCCGUACUUGUUUCCCAAGGAUGACUGGAAAGUCAUGGGCUGCCUUGGUCUGCGGCUCCUCCACGUGAUCCAGGAAAGAUUUCUCAACCUACUUACGCCCCGACAACUUGGUAUAAUCACGAACAAGUUGCAGAAACAAGACGGCGUCAUGCCCUGGAAAGAUAUCAUGCUGUGGGUCUUGUUUAGCUACAUCAACAGUUAUGCCGGUCUUGGUGUUAUUGAUGGGCUGGCCAAUCUUGUCAUCUCCAACUCUGCCUAUCGACGCAUCACUCUGCUAGCCUAUAGGCACGUCCUGGGCUUGUCUAUGGACUUUCAUACCUCAAAAGACUCCGGUGAGGUUUUAAAAGCCGUAGAGCAGGCUUCGUCUCUCAAUUCGCUCAUCGAGAUGUUCUUGUUCGACAUCUGCCCGAUCCUUCUGGAUCUCGUCGUGGCCAUGUACUAUGUCACGCACUUGUUUGAUGCCUACAUGGCGUUCAUCAUCCUGUUCAUGGGAGCUGCAUACAUAACCAUCGGGUGGUACUUUACCACACUCUCUCAGCCCAAGCGCAGAGAUUAUGUUGAGAAGCAACGCAUGGAAAGCUCCACGGUCAACGAGACCGUGCACAACUGGCAAACGGUGGCUUACUUCAACCGCGCAGCUUUUGAGCAUGAUCGCUAUGCAUCUAACAUCAUCAACACCAUUCGGGCGCAAUACACGUACUACUUCCGAUCUAUGGGAGGCCACGCACUGCAGGAUCUACUGACGACUUUUGGGUUCGCAGGAUGCUGCAUAUUCGGCAUGUCGCAGAUCGUCACUGGGCGGAAACCUGUUGGAAACUUCGUAACGCUCAUCAUGUAUUGGCAUACCAUGACGUCUCCGUUAUAUGUCUUGUCCUACAGCUACCGGCACAUCUCGAGUUCUCUGAUCGAUGCGGAGCGUCUACUUCAGCUACUAAAUACCAAGCCCGCCGUGGCUGAUAAAGAAGGCGCCAAAGACAUUGUAGUUCACACCGGAGAGGUAGAGUUCAAGGACGUCGAUUUCCACUACGAUGAGCGAAAGCCUAUCAUCAAGGGCGUGAAUUUGAAAGCAGGAGGUGGACAGACGAUUGCGUUCGUUGGAGAGACGGGUGGCGGCAAAUCGACGAUGCUCAAGCUGCUCUUCCGUUUCUACGACGUUACUGGAGGCUCCAUCAUGAUCGACGGACAGGAUCUGCGUUCCGUCACACAAGCGAGUUUGCGAGAUGCACUUGGCCUCGUUCCCCAGGAUCCUGUCCUAUUCAACCAGUCCAUUCGGCAGAACAUCCGCUAUGCAAAGCUCGAUGCUACGGAUGCUGAGAUCGAGGAUGCCUGUCGCGCUGCUGCGAUUCACGAUGACAUUAUUGGCUUCCCAGACGGCUAUAAUUCCAAGGUCGGUGAGCGUGGUGUCAGACUCUCUGGCGGUCAGCUACAGCGCAUUGCCAUUGCCCGGGUGCUGCUCAAGAAUCCCAAGAUCGUGCUGUUAGACGAAGCAACAUCGGCCAUCGACUCCUCCAUCGAAGCACUCAUUCAACAAGCCUUCCGCAAGCUCAGCCAAGGCCGCACGACUUUCGUGAUUGCGCAUCGUCUCAGCACCAUUGUUGAGGCGGACCAGAUUGUCGUCAUUGAGAAAGGCCAGAUCAUUGAGAGAGGAAGCCAUCAUGAGCUACUGGAAGUCAUGGGUGGGAAAUAUAAUGAACUCUGGACGAAGCAGACGGCCGGUCACAUGUCUGCCGCGAACUCAAAGGCACCCUCCAAGGCGCCCUCGACAAAAUGCAAUGAUGAUAACAGCGCGCCGUUGAUUGACAUCACGCCCGCUGAGGAGGAUUCGGCUACAGCGACUGGAAGGAGCGAUGGUGAUGACGAUACAGUGGGAAGACGCAAGUAA